ACCCACAGGGCUUGAUGCGCGGAGCCCCAAGCCUCUGCCACCAUGUCGGGCACCGUGAUGAUACUACAGCAGUUUGCCAGCGGCCUGAAGAGCCGGAGUGAAGAAACCCGAGCCAAAGCUGCCAAGGAAUUGCAGCAUUAUGUCACCAUGGAGCUCCGCGAGAUGAGUCAGGAGGAGUCAACCCGCUUCUACGACCAACUGAACCAUCACAUAUUUGAACUGGUCUCCAGCUCAGAUGCCAACGAGAGGAAAGGUGGCAUCCUGGCCAUUGCCAGCCUCAUAGGAGUGGAAGGCGGCAAUUCCACCCGGAUUGGCAGGUUCGCCAACUACCUGCGCAACCUCCUGCCUUCCAACGACCCCGUCGUCAUGGAGAUGGCGUCCAAGGCCAUCGGCCGGCUGGCUAUGGCGGGGGACACCUUCACCGCCGAGUAUGUGGAGUUUGAAGUGAAGCGGGCCCUGGAGUGGCUGGGGGCGGACCGGAACGAAGGCCGGAGACACGCAGCCGUUCUGGUCCUGCGGGAGCUGGCGAUCAGCGUCCCCACGUUCUUCUUCCAGCAAGUACAGCCCUUCUUCGACAACAUCUUCGUGGCCGUGUGGGACCCUAAGCAGGCCAUUCGCGAGGGCGCGGUGUCCGCCCUGCGGGCGUGCCUGAUCCUCACCACCCAACGGGAGCCCAAAGAGAUGCAGAAGCCACAGUGGUACAGGCACACGUAUGAAGAAGCGGAGAAGGGCUUUGAUGAGACGCUGGCCAAGGAGAAGGGCAUGAACCGGGAUGAUCGAAUCCACGGGGCCUUGCUGAUCCUCAACGAACUGGUGCGAAUCAGCAGUAUGGAGGGAGAGCGCCUGCGGGAGGAGAUGGAGGAAAUCACGCAGCAGCAGCUGGUCCACGACAAAUACUGCAAAGACCUGAUGGGCUUCGGGACCAAGCCGCGCCACAUCACCCCCUUCGCCAGCUUCCAGGCCGUACAGCCCCAGCAGCAGUCGAACGCCUUGGUGGGGCUGUUGGGGUACAGCGCCCACCAGGGCAUCGUGGGAUUCGGGGCCUCGCCCCUCCCGGUCAAGUCAACCCUGGUGGAGAGUCGCUGUUGCCGAGAUCUGAUGGAAGAGAAGUUCAAUCAGGUGUGCAUCUGGGUGCUCAAGUGCAGAAACAGCAAGAACUCCCUCAUCCAGAUGACCAUCCUCAACUUGCUGCCUCGCCUGGCUGCCUUCCGGCCUUCCGCCUUCACAGACACGCAGUAUCUCCAAGACACCAUGAACCACGUACUGAGCUGCGUCAAGAAGGAGAAAGAGCGUACGGCAGCAUUCCAGGCCCUGGGGCUGCUCUCUGUAGCCGUGAGAUCCGAGUUCAAGGUCUACUUACCCCGAGUUCUGGACAUCAUUCGAGCGGCUCUUCCUCCGAAGGACUUUGCCCAUAAGAGGCAGAAGGCCAUUCAGGUGGACGCCACCGUGUUCACUUGCAUCAGCAUGUUGGCCCGAGCCAUGGGACCUGGCAUUCAACAGGACAUCAAAGAGCUGCUGGAGCCCAUGCUGGCCGUGGGGCUCAGCCCCGCCCUGACGGCCGUGCUGUAUGACCUGAGCCGCCAGAUCCCGCAGCUGAAGAAGGACAUCCAGGACGGGCUGCUGAAGAUGCUGUCCCUCGUCCUGAUGCACAAACCCCUGCGGCACCCGGGCAUGCCCAAGGGCCUGGCCCACCAGCUGGCCUCGCCCAGCCUCACCAACCUGCCCGAGGCCGGCGACGUAGGCAGCAUCACCCUGGCCCUCCGCACCCUUGGCAGCUUCGAGUUCGAAGGCCACUCUCUGACCCAGUUUGUCCGCCACUGCGCGGACCACUUCCUGAACAGUGAGCACAAAGAGAUCCGCAUGGAGGCGGCUCGCACGUGCUCCCGCCUGCUCACCCCCUCCAUCCAUCUCAUCAGCGGCCACGCCCACGUGGUCAGCCAGACCGCAGUCCAGGUGGUGGCCGACGUGCUCAGCAAACUGCUCGUGGUUGGCAUCACCGACCCAGACCCCGACAUCCGUUACUGCGUCCUGGCCUCCCUGGACGAGCGGUUCGACGCCCACCUGGCCCAGGCGGAGAACCUGCAGGCCCUGUUCGUGGCCUUGAACGACCAGGUGUUUGAGAUCCGAGAGUUGGCCAUCUGCACCGUGGGCCGGCUGAGCAGCAUGAAUCCGGCCUUCGUCAUGCCCUUCCUGCGCAAGAUGCUCAUUCAGAUCCUGACGGAGCUGGAGCACAGCGGGGUGGGCAGAAUCAAGGAGCAGAGCGCUCGCAUGCUGGGCCACUUGGUCUCCAAUGCCCCCCGUCUUAUCCGCCCGUACAUGGAGCCCAUUCUGAAGGCUUUAAUUUUGAAGCUGAAAGAUCCAGACCCUGAUCCGAACCCGGGGGUGAUCAAUAACGUCUUGGCCACCAUAGGGGAGCUGGCGCAGGUGAGUGGCCUGGAAAUGAGGAAGUGGGUUGAUGAGCUCUUCAUCAUCAUCAUGGAUAUGCUCCAGGACUCCUCUCUAUUGGCCAAAAGGCAGGUGGCUCUCUGGACCCUGGGGCAGCUUGUGGCCAGUACUGGCUAUGUGGUGGAGCCGUACAGGAAAUAUCCUACCCUCUUGGAGGUGCUGCUAAACUUCCUGAAGACCGAGCAGAACCAGGGAACCCGCAGAGAGGCCAUCCGGGUGUUGGGGCUGUUGGGCGCUCUGGAUCCCUACAAACACAAAGUGAACAUCGGCAUGAUUGACCAGUCCCGAGAUGCUUCUGCCGUCAGCCUGUCCGAGUCCAAGUCUAGCCAGGAUUCCUCUGACUACAGUACCAGCGAGAUGUUGGUGAACAUGGGCAACCUGCCACUGGAUGAAUUCUACCCUGCUGUGUCCAUGGUGGCCCUGAUGAGGAUCUUCCGAGACCAGUCCCUGUCUCACCAUCAUACGAUGGUGGUCCAGGCCAUCACCUUCAUCUUCAAAUCUCUGGGGCUCAAAUGCGUGCAGUUUUUGCCCCAGGUCAUGCCCACGUUCCUCAACGUGAUCCGGGUCUGCGACGGGGCCAUCCGGGAGUUCCUGUUCCAGCAGCUGGGAAUGUUAGUGUCCUUCGUGAGGAGCCACAUCAGACCCUACAUGGAUGAAAUCGUCACCCUCAUGAGAGAGUUCUGGGUCAUGAACAGCUCAAUCCAGAGCACAAUCAUCCUACUCAUCGAGCAGAUAGUGGUUGCCCUCGGGGGUGAGUUCAAGCUUUACUUGCCCCAGCUGAUCCCCCACAUGUUACGGGUCUUCAUGCACGACAGCAGCCCAGGACGCGCCGUUUCCAUCAAGUUGUUGAACGCCAUCCAGCUGUUCGGGGCCAACUUGGACGACUACCUGCAUUUGCUGCUGCCUCCAAUCGUCAAGCUGUUCGAUGCCCCCGAUGCUCCCUUAGCGGCUCGCAAGGCCGCCCUAGAGACCGUAGACCGUUUGACAGAGUCCCUGGAUUUCACCGAUUACGCCUCCCGGAUUAUUCAUCCCAUAGUGCGGACGUUGGAUCUGAGCCCAGAGCUGCGGCCCACUGCCAUGGACACUCUGUCUUCGCUCGUCUUCCAGCUGGGGAAGAAGUACCAGAUUUUUAUCCCAAUGGUCAACAAAGUCCUAGUGCGGCAUCGAAUCACCCACCAACGCUAUGACGUGCUCAUCUGCAGGAUCGUUAAGGGCUACACCCUGGCUGACGAGGAGGAGGACCCUUUGAUUUAUCAGCAUCGGAUGCUGAGGACUAGCCAAGGGGAGACUCUGGCCAGCGGGCCAGUGGAGACCGGCCCCAUGAAGAAACUGCACGUCAGUACCAUCAACCUGCAGAAGGCCUGGGGAGCGGCUAGGAGGGUGUCGAAGGAUGACUGGUUGGAGUGGCUGAGGCGGCUGAGCCUGGAACUGCUGAAGGAUUCCUCAUCGCCUUCGCUGCGCUCCUGCUGGGCCCUGGCUCAGGCUUACAACCCCAUGGCCAGGGACCUCUUCAAUGCCGCAUUUGUGUCCUGUUGGUCUGAGCUGAAUGAAGACCAGCAAGAUGAGCUGAUUCGGAGCAUUGAGCUGGCCCUGACCUCCCAGGACAUAGCAGAAGUCACGCAAACCCUCCUGAACCUGGCUGAAUUCAUGGAGCACAGCGAUAAGGGCCCGCUGCCACUGAGAGACGACAACGGUAUCGUCCUGCUUGGGGAGAGAGCGGCCAAGUGCCGAGCGUAUGCCAAGGCAUUACACUACAAAGAGCUGGAGUUCCAGAAGGGCCCCAGCCCCGCCAUCCUAGAAUCGCUCAUCAGUAUUAAUAAUAAACUACAACAACCGGAAGCAGCUGCUGGUGUGCUGGAAUAUGCCAUGAAGCACUUCGGAGAGCUGGAGAUCCAGGCCACCUGGUAUGAGAAGCUGCAUGAAUGGGAAGAUGCCUUGGUGGCCUACGAUAAGAAAAUGGAUACCAACAAAGAUGACCCCGAACUGAUGCUGGGCCGAAUGCGCUGUCUUGAGGCCUUGGGAGAAUGGGGGCAGCUCCAUCAACAGUGCUGUGAAAAAUGGACCCUGGUGAAUGACGAGACCCAAGCCAAGAUGGCCCGGAUGGCCGCCGCUGCCGCCUGGGGAUUAGGUCAGUGGGACAGUAUGGAAGAGUACACGUGCAUGAUCCCCCGGGACACCCAUGAUGGGGCGUUCUACAGGGCCGUGCUGGCGCUGCAUCAGGACCUCUUCUCGUUGGCCCAGCAGUGCAUAGACAAAGCUAGAGACUUAUUGGAUGCCGAGCUGACUGCCAUGGCGGGAGAGAGCUACAGUCGGGCGUAUGGGGCAAUGGUUUCCUGCCAAAUGCUGUCGGAGCUGGAGGAGGUUAUCCAGUAUAAACUUGUCCCUGAGCGACGGGAGAUCAUCCGCCAGAUCUGGUGGGAGAGGCUGCAGGGCUGCCAACGGAUUGUCGAGGACUGGCAGAGAAUCCUCAUGGUCAGGUCUCUGGUCGUCAACCCGCACGAGGACAUGAGAACCUGGCUAAAAUAUGCCAGCCUGUGUGGCAAGAGCGGCAGACUGGCUCUCGCUCAUAAAACCCUGGUCUUGCUCCUGGGAGUUGACCCUUCUCGACAGCUGGAUCAUCCGUUGCCAACGGUUCACCCGCAAGUGACCUACGCGUACAUGAAGCACAUGUGGAAGAGCGCUCGCAAGAUCGACGCCUUCCAGCACAUGCAGCACUUUGUCCAGACGAUGCAGCAGCAGGCCCAGCACGCCAUCGCCGCCGAGGACCAGCAGCACAAGCAGGAGCUCCACAAGCUCAUGGCCCGCUGUUUCCUGAAACUGGGAGAAUGGCAGCUGAACCUGCAAGGCAUCAACGAAAGCACAAUCCCUAAAGUCCUCCAGUAUUACAGUGCCUCCACCGAGCAUGACCGCAACUGGUAUAAGGCCUGGCACGCAUGGGCAGUGAUGAACUUUGAGGCCGUGCUGCACUACAAACAUCAAAACCAGGCCCGAGAUGAAAAGAAGAAACUGCGCCACGCCAGCGGAGCCAGCAUCACCAGUGCCAACACGGAGGGGAGUAACAGCGAGAGCGAGGCAGAAAGCGCCGAGAACAGCCCCAUUCCAUCUCCUGUGCAAAAGAAAGUCACUGAGGAUCUGUCCAAGACGCUGUUGCUAUACACCGUUCCUGCCGUCCAGGGUUUCUUCCGCUCCAUCUCUCUGUCUCGGGGCAACAAUCUCCAGGACACACUCAGAGUCCUCACCUUGUGGUUUGACUAUGGUCACUGGCCAGAUGUCAAUGAAGCCCUGGUAGAAGGCGUGAAGGCAAUCCAGAUCGACACUUGGUUACAGGUUAUCCCCCAGCUCAUUGCAAGAAUCGAUACUCCCCGGCCCUUGGUGGGACGCCUAAUUCAUCAACUCCUCACGGAUAUUGGCCGAUACCAUCCACAGGCUCUGAUCUAUCCACUGACCGUGGCAUCCAAGUCCACCACCACUGCCCGUCACAAUGCGGCCAACAAGAUCCUGAAAAACAUGUGUGAACACAGCAACACCCUAGUCCAGCAGGCCAUGAUGGUGAGUGAGGAGCUGAUCCGGGUGGCCAUCCUGUGGCACGAAAUGUGGCACGAAGGCCUGGAAGAGGCUUCCCGCUUAUACUUCGGGGAGAGGAACGUGAAAGGGAUGUUUGAGGUGCUGGAGCCACUGCACGCUAUGAUGGAGCGGGGACCCCAGACCCUGAAGGAAACGUCAUUCAAUCAGGCAUAUGGUCGGGAUUUGAUGGAGGCUCAAGAGUGGUGCCGGAAGUACAUGAAAUCUGGGAACGUCAAGGACCUAACCCAGGCGUGGGAUCUCUAUUAUCACGUGUUCAGGAGGAUCUCAAAACAGCUACCUCAGCUUACUUCCUUGGAGUUGCAGUACGUGUCCCCCAAACUUCUGAUGUGCCGGGACCUUGAAUUAGCUGUUCCAGGAACCUACGAUCCCAACCAGCCCAUCAUCCGCAUUCAGUCCAUAGCACCGUCGUUACAGGUCAUCACAUCCAAACAAAGGCCCAGGAAGUUGACACUAAUGGGCAGCAACGGCCAUGAGUUUGUCUUCCUUCUGAAGGGCCACGAGGACCUCCGACAGGAUGAACGGGUGAUGCAGCUGUUUGGUCUGGUCAACACCCUUCUGGCCAACGACCCGACCUCUCUGCGGAAAAAUCUGAGCAUCCAGAGAUAUGCCGUCAUUCCCUUAUCGACCAAUUCAGGACUAAUUGGCUGGGUCCCCCACUGCGACACUUUGCACGCUCUCAUCCGGGAUUACAGGGAGAAGAAGAAGAUCCUUCUUAACAUCGAGCAUCGCAUCAUGUUGCGGAUGGCUCCAGAUUACGACCACUUGACUCUGAUGCAGAAGGUGGAGGUAUUUGAACAUGCCGUCAAUAACACUGCAGGAGAUGAUCUAGCCAAACUGCUCUGGCUAAAAAGCCCCAGCUCUGAGGUGUGGUUUGACCGAAGAACUAAUUACACCCGUUCUUUAGCUGUCAUGUCGAUGGUUGGGUAUAUUUUGGGCUUGGGAGACAGGCACCCAUCCAACCUGAUGCUGGACAGGCUCAGCGGAAAGAUCCUGCACAUUGACUUUGGAGACUGUUUUGAGGUCGCGAUGACCAGAGAGAAGUUCCCAGAGAAGAUUCCAUUUAGACUGACGAGAAUGUUGACCAAUGCAAUGGAGGUGACUGGCCUCGACGGAAACUACAGAAUCACCUGUCACACCGUAAUGGAGGUUCUCCGCGAGCACAAAGACAGUGUGAUGGCAGUGCUGGAAGCCUUCGUUUACGAUCCCUUAUUGAACUGGAGGCUGAUGGAUACAAACACAAAAGGCAAUAAGCGAUCACGAACAAGGACAGACUCCUACUCAGCUGGCCAGUCUGUAGAAAUGUUGGAUAGUGUGGAGCUUGGCGAAACCUCCCACAAGAAAACUGGGACCACAGUGCCUGAAUCCAUCCAUUCUUUCAUUGGUGACGGUUUGGUGAAACCAGAAGCUCUGAAUAAGAAAGCCAUUCAGAUUAUUAAUAGGGUUCGAGAUAAACUCACCGGUCGGGAUUUCUCUCACGACGAAACCCUGGAUGUUCCCACCCAAGUCGAGCUGUUGAUCAAGCAGGCGACGUCCCACGAGAACCUGUGCCAGUGCUACAUUGGCUGGUGCCCAUUCUGGUAACAGACGGUCCUGAAAUACCCAGAGCUUUUCUCCGGAGGCUUUUCACUUCCACGGUAUACUUCCGCUAGAUUGAAAACCCUGGACCGAACGUGAACUUUUUGUCAAAUGUUUUGAAAUGUAAAUGAAAAGAACUACUGUAUAUUAAGAGUUGGUCUGAGCCAACUUCAUAGCUGCUGUUGAAGAACAUACACGAAAUAUAAGACUCGAUUUGGUUCCCGGGACAGCGAAGGGUAACUAUACCACGUAAAACAGAGCACUUGGUCUCUGGGGACGGACGAUCCAUAAAUUGAGAAAUACGGGUUUGUCGUGACUCGGUCAGCGCGAAUAUGUCUGCUGACGGAAGGGCGAUUCCGCCGGCUCUGGACCCGUGGAUUCCGCCAAUUCGGUUGAACCAGGAGGUCUCGGGAGGGCGGGAGAGAAAUUCGGGAUGCCGGCCUUUAAGGGAGAGGGAGAGAUCAUCACCUUGGCUCAUCCCAUUACCUCAGUUGGUCCCUGGUCACCAAAUAGCACCAAAUAGGUCAGAGAAGGAGGGAAAGGUUUGCCUCCUGACCCGCCCCAGGGAAGACGCAGCUGGCCCCCCGCGAUCCAAAUCCGGCCCGAGGCCCUGGGCCAUCAGGAGCAGAGGGCAUCCGGGGCACUGGCCUGUGGAUGCCGGGACAAGGACAACGAGGGUUCGUGCUGGAGUCCGCUCGUGACCUGGUGACUGCCGCACGAUCUAAUGAGCAGUAUUGGCAAGUAGGUAAAAGAGCAAGAGGCGGUCGCUCUGGGUCGUAAGCGCCAGAAGGGGAGGUUAAACUCGAGGAGAGACGGCCUGCUACAAAGUGGUGAUUUAUGAAUAAAACCAAUAUUCAACUAAAUGCACAAAAGGUAUGAAAUGUAACCAUGUCUAGAUUGCCAUGUUGUAGCUGAACAAUAAUUCUGUGCCAAUAAAUGACACCAAAAGUUCAA